AUGAUACCAUGGAUGCGUGAAAAGUUCGCCGAACGACGUGCCCGCUGGCAACAAUCCCGCAGCAACAAACAACCGCGCGGUCUCGGCGAUGGAACAUCUAGCUGCAGUUCGGUCUCUUCCGGCACGGGUCCGGAACCGUCGUCCGGUACGUCGACCCCAGGAACAAAUGUAUCGCCCGUACAUCAGCCAGCAGCAUCACGUCAGCACAAGCAUCGCCAUGGGCAACGUGCAGCAACGAAAGGUCAUCAUCAAUCGCAGCAACCGUUACCGUCUACCAGCGGAUCAUGGCGUUCGAGAUCUACUAAAAAAGAGACCCAAGAUGAUGGCCCGUCUGCCCACUGCUCCACACAGUCCGUUUUGCUGCGCAUUAUAAGUCCACGAGGUGGCAUGGUCGACGUGGAGGUGCUUCGUACGCUAACGGGGAGACAGCUUAAAAUGUACGCCCUGGAAAAAUUUGCCAGCAAUGCCUUCACGAUGCCACACUUUUCGUCCGAUUUGGAUGAGCUGGCAGAUCGGUACCGUAUGAUAAGGUCGCACAACAGGCGCAUCUUCCGCGAUGACGAUUUGCUUAGUGAUGUUAAUGAUGAAGAGGAAUUUUUACUUGUGGCCAAGCGUAUCGAUGCCACGCCAGCCGAAGAAAGCCUUAAAGGACCAUCGCCGGCGGAGAUACUAGCAGCCACUCGUCACAUUCCACUGUCACGCAUAAAUCAGGCAUCAGUUAACUUUAAUCUAGGCAUGCUGCAAUCAGACCUGCAACAAGAUCUCCGACGCAUUAUGAUAUCACUCUCCCGGGCGUCCGCUUACGUGCACGGGACGGGACCAUGUGCCGACAAACUGAUCGCACUAUUUCAACAACGACUCAUCAACCGAAAGCGUCACCAGAUUAGCUCAGUCGAGACGCUGCUUGAAAUGGGAUUUUCGUUGGAUAAAAUUAAUCAAGCCUUACAAAUUACGAAGAACGUUUUCCCGGCGGCGCUGGAUUGGCUAAUACAGAACGAUAGUACGUCGAGAUUUUUUAACUGUGAUAAGACCGCUCCGAGUGCGUCCACUUCCGCCAUGGCGAAUCAAAUUCCGGCGGAUGCAAAUGCUGCGGCUAACGAAUCGGCGAUCGACACGAAUGGUCCCGCACCAACAAUUGCCGUUGUUGCACUGCAUCGUGGACGGAAGAAAUCAAACGUCGACAGUGAUAGUCGAUCGGCUUCAACACCAUCAUCUGCCGGGAACUCAAUCGAUGAGGGGGAAUGCGAAGACGGAUCGGAACAUGUGGAUCCUUUUACAAUAAAGCGAGAAAACAUUGCUGCCUUGCUGGAAAUUGUACGGCUGUACUCGGAGAAAACAGUCGUCCCGAUGCCGGAAUUGGUGUCUUCCAUUGCGGAAAUGGGCUUCGAGGAGGAAAACGUUCGUGAAGCAUUGAUAGCAACGCACAACAAUCAGGCGGCAGCCUGUGAAUGGUUGCUGGGCAAUCGGGCCAAAAGUGUACAAGGGUUAAAUGAUGGCUUGCCGGCAGAAUCGCCGAUCCUGCGUGUUUUGAUGGGUUCACCACAAGUACAAAUUAGUCUAGGAAACCCGAAGAUGUUUAUUGCACUGAUCUCAAUGUUGGACAACUCUUCCACGAUGACUAUGUGGCUUAGCGACAACGACACGUCAUCGGUGCUGGGACACAUUCUGCGCACGUACCACGAGGAGAAACACAUUGUUGCCAUCAAUCAAUUCAACAAUGCCCAAGGAAGUUCCAGCAGCAGCCAACAGCAACAGCAGUAA